AUGGAACGCUACAAAGUACCAUAUGUGCUACGGUGCACACAGACUGAUGAAGGCCUUUUUGCGAAUGAAGGGUAUCAUUUUAUCUGUCAUGGAACAGUGGAAUUGGAGGGUACAGAGAUGAGAAUCUACGACAACGAAGAGAAUGCGACUCCCGCCGAUCCUGCUUUGAUUAUCGACCUCACCAGUGUAGUCUCUAUAGAUUUUACACUGUUUCGAUCGCUGCGAGGAAACUUCCGUGGUGGAAAGUGUAUUCAAGUCUAUGCAUUCGACUGA